GAAGGAACCUCCAACGUGCCCAGUUGCUCUGAGCUGCCGAUGGUUUGAGUGGAGUUUUUCGUCAGAUUUCGGUUCUUCAAAGGAGAUUGGUACGAAAAUGCUAAAGGCUGUUUUUUCCAAGGGAUUGACACAGUCAUCUUCUGCCAGAUUAUGCCAGAGAUGUUGGGGAGAAGUAUUACCAGGGGUUGCACUGGUGCAGAGCAGAGGUCUGCGAUCGAGGGAGGGGGCACUUCCCACAGCAGGCCGGCGCUUUCGACUGCCACAGUAUACCAAGGUUGAGGUGGAGCCAGUUUACCCAGAAGGCACUGUACAUGAGGAGCUACUUGUAUCUAUGAAGGGCUAUGACAUGUGCAGUGUGGAGCAUUACCUGCAGUUCCUACACAGACUCGCAAAGAAAUGGAAAAUUAAGGUUUCAGAAAGCUAUGCCCUCCCGACUCGGAAGAUAGACAUACGUCAUCUUGAGACAGCCAGUCGCCACAAGACCUUCUCAGAAGCCACACUCAGUCUCCACGAGAGAGUCUUAAAGUUGAAGAAUGUGACCUCCACACAAGUCCCCUUACUGAUGGAGGUGCUGAGGUCCCACCAGCCUGUCGGUCUCACCUUAAGUAUCAAAGAGCCAACUGAAGAUGAUGAGAUGGUCAGAUUCAAGAAGAACAAAGAGCUGGAGGAACUUCUGGAAACUCAGAGUCAAAUGCGGAAGUAGAGGUCCUGCCUGCAGAUCUGGUGCAGGUAGUUUAUGUGUAAUUAUUGGAAUGCCCAAACUGUAAAAUACAAUGUAAGCCAAGUGAUGGACUAGCUCACUUUGAUAUUUCAUCAUGAAUUGAAUAGAAGCAAAAGAACAAAAAUGCCUACUAUACUCAUAAUUUUUCCAUUUUUUCUCUUUAAUCUUUAAUUUGAAUUCUACAUGGCCAUUCAAAUGGUUUACAACAUUGAGUACACUACAGGAAAGCUACCAUUACAACAUGCAUACAAGAGCUUCUGAUGCUGGGUCUGCAUAAUUCAUUGUGUAAGGCACAUGCCUGUUCAAUGGAAUUGGUACAGUGUAUGUUACUAUUACAUAUAAGCAACGCUAGCCAACUACACAGUAACUUAUUUGCAAACAGACAGUACCUUUCUUAAGGAUUUUUUAAUGUUCCUAAUCCUACAUUUGAACAAUUUAUAAGAGUGGGUGUUAGUAUUAGUCAAAAUAAUGUGGAUUGGACUAGCCCUCUUGGAGUUAUCACGCAAUAUCAUUUGUAUGUAACAACUAAUGUCAACAAAAUAGGAAAAUGAAUGAUACAUUUUGUACUUAAAUGCACAGGAUGAUCACGACAUGAAGUCAGCAGUAUUGCAAUUCAUUGUGAGCAUUUGAAUUAAAAUCUACCAUACUUUUGAAGUGGUUUUACUUCGUAGUAAAGUACAUUUUAUGGUGCCUUAAAUUCACAGUUGAAACAAUUCUGUAGUACAGUAGUCAUACAUUGGGGUUUAAAGGACAUUAUGCUACUUGAAGAUAAAAAAAAGUUUGAAAAUUGAAGUUAUUGCUAUAAAUGUACAACAUCCAACCUUGAUGUACAUAGAGGAUACUUAAAGAGUGGCAGUGACCAAGAUUCUACCACUGUACAUAUGCAUACAUGACAAUUCAUACUGGCUA